AGACUUUGUAAAUGCUCAAAUUUCACAUCUGUUGAAUUAAUCUUUUAGUUGGACCUGAUGGCGGUUUUUAAAAACGUGCAUCAUCUCCGUCACUUCUGCAAGAACACAACAGAUUCCUUUACUGACAAAAGGCUACAAGAUUUUUUCUUCAGAAGAACAUAUAGGGCAUGGUUUAAUGAUUCUACUCAAUAUGUAUACUAUUUCCUGAGCUAUGUGACUACUGGAGUAACUGUAGCAGUUGUCGCACAUGAGCUUAUGGGAAAUCCAAGUAUUGCAAUCCGUGGAAGGAAUACAUCACAACUUCUGCCAGAUAGGUUAUCGUUGCACGCUCAUGCUAUCCCAUUCUAUAACCAUACUCUGAGGAACUAUUCCCAGAAGUUUACAGCUUCUUUGGUUGAUAACGAGCAUGAUUACGGUCAAGAAGAUCCAUACAAGUAUCGUCCAAAGCGCGAGAAACAUUAUGGAAGAUUUCCAUUCAUUUUCAGUGCACCAAGGUAUUUUAUUGACUGUCCUGAGUAUGAAAAUACUCUCCACAAGAAUGUUGAGAAGCGCUAUGUGGAACUGGGUUACUAUGGAUCCUCUGAGUAAUUGAUAAAUUGUAAAUGUCCUUGUAC